AUGGGAUUGAAACCCUCUAGACCAAGUUGGGAUAUCCCUGAGGACGAUGAUGAUGAUACAUCCACCACUGAAGAGGAAGAAACAACAAGCCUUCAACAACCUGUUUCUAAAAAAAGAGAUCAUCCUUCCUCUCAACAACACCAACAACAUUAUGUACAAAACAAAAAGAAUAAUUAUCAAUCCACCUCCCAAACUUUCGUCGGCGGUGCUACUGGAAUACCUAUCAACAAGUCAAGUAGCGCAAAAUCUUCAUCAUCACCAUCAUUAAAAUCAUCAGCGCCAUCCUAUGCGUCAGAUUCAUCGGUACUUUCUUCUCACCCCAGUUCACGAAAUGGUGGUGGCAAGUCAUAUUCGAGUACAAGCACGAGCGUGAGCUCAUCGAAAUUUUCCACAUCCUCUUCUGCAUCGCCUUCCUCUCUUUUCAUGGCACCCUUCUUGAAAUCGAGGACAACAUCAUCAUCGUUACUAGAGUUUGACAGUACAGUAACAGACAAUAUUGGUUUCUCCUGUAAAGAUCAAUCGAGUCAUGAAAUGACAACACUCGAGACAUACUUUAAAUAUUUUGGAUGUCAGUUUGUGGACUAUAUUGGGCGAGGCACUUUUGCUCAUUGUUUUAAGGUGGUUUAUCAGGAGAAAGACAUGACGCCACCUCCACCUCCUUCAGCGAAUAACAGCAACAAAUCACAACAACGCAAAGAUAUUCAUCACUUAUCUCAACAAGAGUAUUCUUGUUUGAAAUUAGUGGAAAUUUCUAAUAAUCCAAAAAUUGAAGAGCGACUGAAACAAGAAAUACAAAUAUUACGAGUUUGCGACAAUUGUAAAUAUAUCACCAAGUUACUGAUCGACUAUCGACUAAUUGAUACUAAACUGGACUAUAAGAACAUUAUGAAAGGAAGAAAUUGGAUUGUCCAAAUACUCGAAUAUGGAGAUUCUAUUAUGAAGGUAUUGAAAGAUUAUGAAAGUCAGAAUAGAACAGUGUCAUAUUUUACGUUAGGAGAACUUUAUGCAUAUUUUACUCAAGCAAUCGAGUGCUUGUAUGAGUUACACGAAGUUUAUCAUAUUAUUCACCGAGAUGUCAAGUUGACCAAUAUUUUAUUGAAAUCCGUGAUGCAUGCACGAUAUAAUGAACAAAUGUAUCGUUUCAUGUUGUGCGAUUUUAAUGUCAGUAUGUUUGACAAAGAUGAAAGGAAAGGCACUUCAAAUACAACCUCCAAGAAGUCACUUGUUGGAACUUCAAUAUUCGUUCCAAAUGAGGUUAUUUUCACAGGUGACUAUACCAAUAAGGUGGACAUGUACUCGAUGGGAGUUGUAUUCAUUCUAUUGUUCGGAAUGGUUGGAGGCGACUCUGAUUUUCUUGAAAGGUUUUAUUGCAACGACAUACUUGGACCAUUGCGAAGCGACAAGAAGUCUGCAUAUUCCAACUCGUUCUAUGGAAAUCAGUCAGUGUAUUCCAAUACCUCGUUAUCCUCUUUUGCUAAUCAUACUAAUCAAAUUCAACCUGAGAGUGCUCCUAUUGAAUUGAACUCUAUUCUUGAAAGGAUAUCAUCAAAAUAUUAUUUAAAUAUCCCACUAAUUGGUAACUUACUUUUGGACAUGACCAAAUACUUUAAUGAAAGACCAUCAAGCAAGGAAAUGUAUGAAACUAACAUGGAUUACAACUAUCUUUACUACAUUGUAAAUGGAUUUGUCAACACAAAUGAGCUGGAUCUACUCUUACAAUCAUGUCCUAAAUACGUACAAGAGAGCGAAAAUAUUGUCAAGUACAUUAUCCUCACCAUUAGCCAAAUCUCUUCCUCUACCUGCUAUGACAUUGAUAUUAUUUGUAAUUGCUUGAAACUUUUGAAAUCUCGAGAAUGUUCGCGUGAGCUAUGUAACGUGAUACUGAAAUGGAUUCUACAAUGUGACAUGACCGAGAAGAAACAAUUAGCAUUCAUGAAUCAAGUAAUUGAACUCAUGAAUAGUUUUGAGGAAUCAUCCAAACGAAACGCCAUUGUUCAUGGCAUCAUUUACAACGAACAUCUCCGAAACAAUUCCUCUCUGCCUCCUCGUAUUGAAUCUCUUCAUUAUUUCAUUAAGGAAUUAUGUCAUAACGACAAUGAAAAGGUUCUGCAAUAUAUCCAAGAGUUUAACACAGAAUUGUCAAAAACAACACAAGAUCCUUCCAUCACUAACCUGCUCGAUACUUUUAUUCAACAUCACAAUCAGGUUGUAUGUGACAAUCGAUAG